GAGAUAGAAGUGCAGAACUCCAACUGGAUGCGUGUUCCUCCUUCGAUCGAUCUCUUUGGACAUUUUGGAUAACCAUCGUUCUAUUCACUGGAAAAGCUAAAGUGAACAGGCUUGAUUAUUUUAGGACAAAGGGAUUAUAUUGAUCUUUGCGAGUAUCUAUUCAAAAUGACGUUAACUGUAACCACCAAAAAGAAGAAGACUCCAUCUUUAUUACCUGCCCUGGAGCAACCAUGCCGCUGCUUUUCAAUGUCCGAGCUCAGGUCAGCAACGAACAACUUUGACAAAAGAUGGUGCAUUGGCCAUGGGGGGUUUGGUAAGGUGUACAAAGGAAAGAUCUCUGAUGGGACAACUAAUACCUACUAUGCCAUUAAGAGGUUGCAUUUCAAGUCUCAUCAAGGAGAAACUGAGUUUUGGGUUGAAGUCGAGAUGCUUUCUAGGCUGCGCCAUUGUAACAUUGUGCCUUUGAUUGGUUAUUGCAACGAGGGGAAAAAGAUGGCCCUUGUUUAUGAGUACAUGCAGAAUGGGACCCUUUAUGAUCAUCUUCACAAGAAAGGUACAGUUUUGACCUGGUCUCAACGGCUUAAGAUAUGCUUAGGAGCUGCACGUGGUUUGGACUACCUGCAUACUGGUACUGGAACACAACAUGGGGUUAUACACCGAGACGUCAAAAGCUCCAACAUUUUGUUGGAUCAAAAUUAUGCUGCCAAGAUUGCAGACUUUGGAUUGGCUAAAAUAGGACCGACAAAUCAGAAAUGUACAUACGUUAGCACCACAGUCAAAGGCACCUUUGGGUAUAUGGAUCCCAAUUAUUUCAACACAGGCAGAUUGACAAGAAAAUCUGAUGUUUAUGCCUUCGGAGUUGUAUUGCUUGAGGUUUUGUCCGGAAGGCCAGCUUUGGAUGCGAGUCUAGAUGAGGGUUUAGCAGUAUGGGCUCAAGAGCUGAUCAGACGGGGAAGAGUCACUCAGAUUAUUAGUUCUAGUUUGAGGGACCACAUUUCAAAGAGUUCUUUGAAGGAAUUCUCACGUAUUGCAGUUCGAUGUUUAAUUAGUCAUCCAAAUCAGCGUCCAACAAUGACUGAGGUUGUAGGCAGUCUUGAUCGGGCUUUGUCAUUUCAAGAAAGAAAGGCUUCUUUGACCAAAGGAAGGAUCAUCAUCAAUAAUGUAUGGUCAUUGCUUACACUUAAAGGCCCUUUUGAACUUAGAAGCACCAUAGCAACUGAAAGUAAAAAUGGCAGUGCAGUUAUCAGUGAGAAUAUUAGCAUACCAGUGCCCGCUAUUGUAACUGAAGUUGAAGUAGACCAAAGAGAGCCUCUAGAAGGACAAGAUGAGAAUCACUCGAAACCAAACCUAGUCAACACUUCUUACCUAAACCAUCCAAUUGACACGUCGGCAUCUGCUUCUACAUUGGACCCCGCUGAAGCGUUCACUGGAUUCACUAAAAUCAAGGAAUCAACACGGAUAUCUAAAAUGGAUGAUUGGUAUUUAGAAUCUGUUUCUCCUUAUGGAAAUGAAGGUUAUGCACCCGGUAGCGGAAUCAAGAUUUUAUUCUAAUGGGUCAAAUGUUUCAGGGUAAAACGGGCUUUUUUUUGUUGGAUUAACCUUGAAGUAUCUACUUUAAUUGGGGCAGUAGAUUUUUAAUGGGUCAAGUUUUCUUAAUUAGUCGUGUUUUUUAUGUUUAAGGUUAAGUUAGUGGGUUAAUGGGUUAGUGGCCCUAAGUUAUUAGUUAGUGGGUCUUUAUUUUGUUCUAUAUAAUGUAAGGGUUGUUUGUUUAACUCUUAAUGAAGCUCUUAAUGGUUUAGACUUCUUACUGGUUC